AUGCCUACGCGCUCACAGAGGUUGUUGGCAACCUCUUUGGUCUUCGAGUCUUCAUCGCCUCCAAGAACAACAGCCCAAUGGAAGCGUGUACUCUCCGGGGUCAAGCUGCUCUAUAUCCAGCGCCAAUAUAAGCAAUGUGCUGCAUGUUGUGCUGAGAUCCUUCAGACUGCAAGAGAACCAGUUCAUCCCAUCCAUAAGACCUUCCUCUAUUUUUACAGUGCCAUAUCCUAUGAGAUUCUUGGUCGAUCAGCUCAUAACUAUUCCAGCAAUAAGAUCCCAUUCCUUCAGCAGGCGUUGGACUAUUUCAUGACCUGCAAUGAGGUUUUAUCGUUCGCUCUUCCUGUCUCAGAGACCGUCCAGGCUGCUUCUCACGACGAGAGCCCUCCUUCGAUGGGAGACGUUUCUUCUCUGUCCGGGUCGUCUGGAACCCCGUCCUCUGUGGGGAGUCUUGUGCAUAGCAUCACACGUAUCAUUGAGAAGUCAAUCGACAGCCCUGGAGAAGACCCUUUCGUUUCUGACCGCGAGGAAGUCCCAACCACUCCUACCCCUGCAUCUUUCCAAGUUGCAAUGUACUCGGAUGAUGAUAAGGAGAAUGUGGCACCUGGCCUCAUGCCGCCUCCGCUUCGGAUUCGAAAAUCGUCCGGGGAUCUUGCGUUGGCCGCGGCAGGCUGCCGAGUUGACAAUGACAUUGUGAAAGUGAAACCUACAAAAAGCGGUAUUCCUCCUCGUGGCCAGCAAAGGACUCGCCGACCUCCGCCGCUCCCUCUCCAAAUAAUUCCUGCGCGGGAAAGAAGAAAGAAGAAAGCAUUGGCGAUGGAAAACAGAGAAGAAGAACAUUGCACACCGUCUAGCUGCUCUUCUUCCAAGACGGUGAUUGUUCAUCGCGAUAAGUGCAUGCCCACUUCAGUGACACCUAUCUGUCCACCAACGAGCAGGCGUUAUAGCAACAGCAUCUGCGCCCUGCUGUCACAAGUCAAGUCGAAUAUCUCAGCGAUAUACUCCCUGAUUGAUGAUGUGACAGAGGCACAGCGCAUCCGCAGAGCCUGUAAGAUCCGACGUUCAGCCUCGUUCUGGAGUUUCAGCCCAGCGAAAGACGACUCGCGCACUCAACAAGGCCGGAAUGGUACAUCCUCCCGUUCCGGAUCGGAUGCCAUGGGGAUUGAAAAUAAAGAGCAACGGAUUGCACGGCUGCGUGCUGAGGGUUGGAAAACAGUUGGGUUGAAAUCUGGAAGGCGUGGUUGGAAGGGGGUUGAGUACUAUCGCGCUUACUGUGAGUCCGUUUUGAACGAGUUGUAUUUGGAUGCCUAAAUGAAGGUGUUUGGGAUCACCUCCUCACUUGGAUAUCCCUGGCCUUUGCUUCCUUCAUUUUGGAGUGUGUUCGAGUCAAACGAGGAGAGAGAGAGAUGUUGAAAGCAAUCUAAUUAAUGGUGCAAUGCCGGCUUGUUCGGUUCUCUUCCGACAAAUGAACAGUAUCCACCGAAAGAACUCCG